AUUGCCAUGGCGAACGUGCUGCGCGCCGCGUGGGCUCUAGUCAUGGCUCAAUUUUCCGGCCAGCCAGACGUAGUCUUCGCCGCGAACGUCUCCGGCCGCAACGCCCCGGUACCUGGCGUGAGCGAGAUCAUCGCGCCGACGAUCACCACCGUGCCUCUGCGUAUCCAAACCGGCGUUGCACAGACCCAGACGGUAGCGGACUUUCUGCGCGGGGUCCAGGGGCAAGCAAUCCAGAUGAUGGCGUACGAGCACACCGGGCUCCAGGGCAUCCGGACUCAUCCUGCCUUGCAGCUGCGUAAUCUGCUGGUCGUUCAACCCGCCGCCGAGAGCGACACGACACUCGACUUCCCUGGCAUUGAGGCUUUGCCCCUCGCCGUAGAGGACUUUGAUAGUUAUGGGCUGAAUGUCGAGUGUACGCUGGGGACAAGCAUUGGGGUGCAGGCGCGAUUCGACGAGAAGGUCGUUUCGCCGACAUAUAUAACUCGUGUGCUGGACCAGUUUGCACACAUCGUGACUGUGCUUUGUGACCCCAGUCUCCAAAGUUCGUCCCUGCGAGAGCUGGAUUUGCUGAGCCGUGCCGAUCAAGCACAGAUUGCGGUCUGGAAUGCCACCGUCCCCCAGCGCGUGGAGAAAUGUAUCCACGAGCUGGUGGAGGAGCAGGCACAGGUCCGUCCUGCAGCACUCGCAGUUUGGGCUUGGGAUGGACAGCUCAGCUACCGUGAACUGACGCACCUCGCUAAUCUUCUGGCCCACCGCCUGGUUGCAUUAGGGGUAGGACCAGAGCGGAUGGUGGGCGUAUCGAUGGCCAAGUCCAAAUGGGCGGGGGUUGCCCUACUGGCCACCCUCCAGGCCGGGGGAGUUGUGGUGCCCUUGAGCGUGAGCCACCCCGUCCAGCGGAUUGAGACUAUUCUCGGCGACGCUGCAGUGAGCAUCACGUUGGUGGAUGGCCCGGAAUAUGACCGUUUGAACGGGCAUGUCGAUUGCUCACUUCUCGUAGUCGAUUCGAAGCUUUUCGAGGGUCUGUCCACAACGGCCCCUACCCACGAUGGUGUCGCACUUUUUCCCCCCGUCAGCGUCACCCCAAGCCAUGCUGCCUGGGUUAUCUACACCUCCGGGACCACAGGGACCCCUAAAGGCGCCGUGCUCGAACAUGGAACCCUAUGUACGAGCAUCCGGGCCCACGGCACGCGGUAUGGGUUCGGCCCACAUACGCGCAAGUUGCAGUACGCAGCGCACACCUUCGACGGCACGAUCGAAGACUACUUUACAACCUGGGCCUGGGGCGGGCUGAGCUGCGUGCCGUCUGAGGAAGACCGGCUGGACAUGCGCCAGCUGACAGCGUUCAUGCGCCAGACCCAAGUCAACGCGUUGGCCACCACCUACACCGUGGCCGGGCUCUUCACGCCCGAGGAGACCCCCAGCCUGCGCACGCUCGUUCUGGGCGGAGAGCCGGCGACUGUCGAGGUGACUGAUCGCUGGCGGACCAAGGUCAACCUCUUCAACUGCUACGGUCCCUCGGAGUGCUCCAUCUUCUCUUCGGCGGCCGGACCGGUACAGAACAUCGACGAGAUCCACAACAUCGGCACGCCCAUCGGCACGCGCCUGUGGGUGGCUGAUCCCCACAACCCCAAUCGAUUGUGCCCUGUGGGCGCGCCAGGAGAACUGCUGAUCGAGGGACCGCAGCUGGCGCGCGGAUACCUGAACAAUGCCGAGAAAACGAAGUCACAGUUCCUUGUAGACCUAGGAUUCAUGGCCCGAUUCGGACUGACCCUUGGACGACGGGUCUACCGCAGUGGGGAUAUUGUCCGCCAGAAGGACGACGGGUCGUUCGUUUAUGUGGCGCGCCGCGACACGCAAGUCAAGAUCCGCGGCCAGCGGGUUGAGAUAGGGGAGAUCGAACAACAGAUCGUCCGGUAUCUGGCUGAGACCCGCUUCGUGGCGGCCGUACUGCUUCAGCGCGGGGCCCAGGUCUCGCCGGUGUUGGUGGCUGCUAUCGAGUUUAUGCCGGAGAGCAGAAUUCUCAGCAGAGACGAGGAGGAGGAGAAAGAUGUGCAGACCCCCCCCUUGGCGGGUACGAGCAAUGCUGUGCCACCCACGAAGACGAUGCAGGCGGCAUUUCAGGAUCUCCACAGCGCCCUGUUCCAGGUGCUCCCGACACACAUGAUCCCCAGCGCAUACGUCCCCGUCGCCCACAUGCCGCGGAAUCUCUCCGGGAAGCUGGAUCGACGAGCAUUGCGCGAGCAGCUGGCUGCCAUGUCCGCCGAGACCAUGCAGCAGUAUCUUGAGGGGCGCGAGAAAGUCGCCCCUGCCACUGACAUGGAGCGUACACUACAGCGUCUGUGGGUGGAUGCCCUGGGGUUUGAGGACGCCGACAGCGUGAGCGUGCAGGACAAUUUCUUCCAGCUCGGAGGAGACUCGGUGGCUGCGAUGCACCUGGCAGCCCUGACUUGGCAACGCACCAAACUGCACUUGACCGUCGCCGACGUCUUCCGCCACCCUCGCCUCGGGGAUCUGGCGCAGAGGCUGACGGAGCUCAGCUUGCAUAUUACUGCCGAGCAGCCAGAGGAUCCAGAUCCAGAACCCUUGAGUUUGUGGGACAAUGCCUCGCCCGAAGCCGUGAGCGAGAUUGCGGCGCGCUGCCAGGUGGACGUGGAUCAGAUCGAAGAUAUAUACCCCUGCACACCACUACAGGAAGGCUUUAUGGCGAUUACAGGGCGCCAAUCCGCUGCCUACAUCAGCCGACAGGUCUACUCUCUCUCGAACGCCGUUAUCGACCUGCACCGGUUCCAGGCAGCCUGGGAGAUACUGACCCAGACCACGCCCAUCCUACGCACCCGUCUUAUGAUGGGUCCCAACCAACAAGCCCUCCAAGUGGUGGUUCAAGACCAAAUUGUCUGGCGAUUCAGCACCGAUCUCGCGGCUUACAUCGCCGAGGAUCGCGAGGCAGGAAUGAAGUUGGACCAACCCCUCGUGCGAUACGGGUUGGUAACGGAAUCAACUGAGAAAACCUAUUUUGUCUGGACCGCACACCACAGUAUCUACGACGGCUGGACUAUGCGCGAGAUUGCGCAGCGCUUCGCACAGGUCUACGAUGGGUUCGAUCAUCCAACCUCGACCUUGACCUCGAUCCCGCCGACGAUUCCAUAUUCCCGCUUCAUCCGCUACCUAACCUCACAAGAUCCAGUUAAGACGGCCCAAUAUUGGCGAAAGCAGUUGGAGGGUGAUGUGGUAGCCGACUGGCCUCCACUGCCUCAGCACGACUAUCACCCCAGACCGCAAUCACGCAUCCAAACAGCCAUGGUAAUUCCCGCGCGCGCAAAUGGUGACGUCCUCUUCUCCACUAUCCUACGUGCCGCAUGGGCAAUUGUGAUGGCCCAGUACAGCGGGCACAACGACAUUGUCUUCGCCGCGAGCGUCUCGGGGCGCAAUGCGCCUGUGCGGCAGAUCCGGGACAUCGCCGGUCCAACCCUAACCACGGUGCCAGUCCGCGUGUCAGUCGACAAAAGCAUGACGGUGGGCCAGCUGCUGCAAACCAUCCAGGAGCAAGCCACCGAGAUGAUUCCCCACGAGCAGACUGGAUUGCAGAAAAUCAAAAGGUUGCUGCCCGACAGCACUAGUAGCACGGCUCUGGCCCUCCGCAACCUCCUGGUCAUCCAGCCCGCGGCCGAGAGCGACAACAGCCCUAUAUCUCUUCCGGGCCUGGAGGCUCUACCUGCACCCUUCGAGGACUUUGGUAGCUUCGGGCUGCAGAUCGAAUGCACACUGGGACGACAGGAAAUUGACAUCGACGUCCAGUAUGACGAGCAUGUCAUCGCCACGGCCUAUAUUCAAAAGGUGGUCGACUACUUUGUACAUCUCGUGAAGGAGCUCGCCAACCUUGACCGACUCCAGCAGCCGCUGCACAAGUUACAUAUCAGUCCCCAGGACGAGCAGCAGAUUCUAGACUGGAACCGGGUGGUUCCCACCUGCGUUGAGCAAUGUAUUCAUACCCCCGUGUACGACCGCGUGGUUCGCCAGUCCACUGCAUGUGCGAUCAGCGCCUGGGACGGCGAAUUGACCUACGUAGAACUAUCGGGACAGGCUGCGAGCCUGGCCGCCCAUCUCAGGCACGAGUUGGGAGUGAAGCCGGAGCGCACGGUGGGAGUCUGUAUGAACAAGAGCAAGUGGGCUGCUGUUGCCAUCCUCGCAGUUCUGUACGCCGGAGGAGUAGUCGUCCCCCUCGGGGCGGCUCAUCCCCUGCCUCGCGUGCAGGCCAUCGCACAGGAUGCAGCUGUGGAGACCGUGCUUGUGGACCGUGAACAGCAGCAACGGCUGGCGCCACUGGGCCUGCGACUCUUGACCGUGGACGAGAAGUUCUUCGCUGACCACACACCACUCGACCUCGCACAGACAGCUACACUGCUGCUGGCAAGCACGGUACGGCCGCACAAUAUGGCGUGGAUCAUCUACACCUCUGGCAGUACAGGCACUCCGAAAGGGGUGAUUCUCGAGCACCAGGCGCUCAGCACCAGUAUUAAGGCGCAUGGCGCCGCCUUCAACAUGAACGAGACGACCCGUACCUUGCAGUUCGCAGCGCACACCUUUGACGCCACAAUCCAGGAUGUCAUCACCACCCUCUGGGCAGGGGGCUGCGUCUGCAUUCCCUCGGAACACGACCGCGUCAAUCGGCUCACGGAAGCCAUGAGCACCAUGCGGGUCAAUUGCGCCACAUUGACAUCGACGGUGGCAUCCAUGCUAGUGCCUAAGAGAAUUCCCUCAAUGCGGACGAUGAUCCUGGUGGGUGAACCGGUCACUGCGGCAGCUGUAGCCUUGUGGUCGCCGCAUGCCACUGUACUGAAUGCCUACGGCCCCUCGGAGUGCUCGAUCCACUCCUCCUGCAGUCGUCCAAUUUAUGACGCUGCCCUCGCGUCCAACAUUGGCUUCCCUCUCGCUUGCGCAUGGUGGGUGGUGGACGCUGACAGUCUACACGCGCUUUGCCCGAUCGGCGCCCCCGGAGAGCUUCUGAUCGAGGGCCCCAACCAAGCCAGAGGCUAUCUCAAUGACGAUGAGAAGACCCAAGCGGCCUUUGUCCAGGACCCCGAGUUCAUUCCCCGACUGGGCCUCGCGAGUCGACGCCUGUACCGGACCGGUGAUCUGGUCAAGCAGAAUCCUGAUGGAUCGCUGAUCCACCUUGGUCGCCGGGAUCUGCAGGUCAAGAUACGCGGACAGCGUAUCGAGGUAGGCGAGAUCGAAUACCAGAUUCAGCGACACCUUGCUGGAGCGCGAACCGUCGCGGUGGAGCGCGUCCAGCACGGGGGAGACGGCGAGCAGAUCAGCCUUGUAGCGGUAUUGGACUUCGUCGAUGAGACCCACAAUAUCGACGAUAACGACGGCGCUGACCCAACAGCAACAACUGCUGCUGCUGCCACCGAUGCACUGCAGCCCCUACCCCCCUCCGAUAGCCUUCGUACAACAUUCAAUGAGCUUCACCAGACACUCCUCCGCAUCCUACCGGUCUACAUGGUCCCCGUCGCAUAUCUACCCGUGGACCAGAUGCCCUCGAAUGCCAACAACAAGCUUGACCGACGGGCCAUUCGGGCCUUGUUGGCAGAGCACUCGCUGGCGGCCCUGCAGGGGUACCUCCACGACGACGAGCCCGAAACGCAGGUCAUGCCCGUGACCGCACUGGAGAAGAAGGUGCAUGCGCUCUGGCUGGAGGUUUUUGACCUCCCCGCAGGGGUCAACAUGUCCAUGAACGACAACUUCUUCCACCGGGGCGGCGACUCGGUGACGGCGAUGCGCAUGGUGGUCGUCGCAGCAUCGCACGGACUGCAUCUGAGCGUCGAGGAUAUCUUCAAGUCGCCGCGGCUGGCAGACUUGGCCGCCACGCUCGCGGCCCGGCCCUUGCGAGAUACACUGGCCCAGGACAUCGAAUAUCCCGCCCCCUUCGAGCUGUGGAAAGAGCUUCACGCUGUUGGGUCUUCAGAGCAGCGAGAAAAGCGCUUACUCCGCAUUGCGUCAAGCAUUGGGGUCAGCGUGGAUCAGAUUGAGGACGUUUACCCCUGUACGCCCCUGCAGGAGGGCUUGAUGGCCAUCACGGCGCGUCAGCCGGCAGCCUACGUGAGCCGCCAAGUGUAUGCGAUGGGCAGCGCCGUAGAUCGCAACCAAUUCCAGGCAGCAUGGGAGACCCUGUCCGGCGAGGUCAGCAUCCUGCGCACGCGAAUUCUGGUGGACGGUGAAUCCCCUGCCGUGCAGGUGGUGGUUCGCGACAACAUCCACUGGCAAACAGGCACAGAUCUCGAACAGUACCUGCAGGCUGACCGCGCCCAAGGCAUGUCUCUGGGCCAGCCGCUGGUGCGCUAUGGCUUGGUCGAGGAACCCACGGGGGCAUGCUACUUCAUUUGGACCGCGCACCAUGCCUUGUAUGAUGGUUGGACCGUGGGUGCACUCAGCAAACGCCUCCUAGACAUCUAUCGCCAAGGCCAGUCUGCCCUCUCCGUCCCCUACACGCAGUUCAUCCGAUAUCUUCAACACGGUCGUCCCGACCCCGUGGCGAGCACGCACUACUGGCGCGAGCAGCUGGAGGGCGACGUGAUGGCCAGCUGGCCACGCCGAGUCUCGGACAAGCAACCACUGCCACAGGACGAUUUCCAUCAGUCAAUCCCACUUCCGCCGACGCAGAGACACGGCCGGGUGACGAUAUCGACCAUUCUCCGCGCCGCCUGGGCGCUGGUCGUGGCCCAGUACUCGGGACAUGGGGACAUCGCCUUCGCGGCUACGGUUUCUGGCCGUAACGCCCCAGUUCGGGGCAUAUCAGACAUCGCAGGUCCAACCAUUACAACCGUGCCGAUUCGCACACGGGUGGAUCUGACAAGCACUGUGGCUGAUUAUGUCGACGCAAUGCAGCGGCAAGCAACACACAUGAUUGACCACGAGCAUACCGGGCUGCAAGGGAUCAAGGCGCUGCUGCCCGCGCUGGCCUCCACGCUGCACACAGGCAGCUUACUGGUCAUACAGCUGGCUGAAGAGCAGGAUUCUCAGGGACAGUUGGACUUCCCUGGCCUGGAAACCGUCCCUCUGCCGGUCGAACCCUUCAAUGCACACGCGCUGACUCUCGAAUGUCAGCUUGGAGGAGGCGAGCUCACCGUGGAUGUCCACUACGACAAGCAGAUCAUCCCUCCAACCCAGGUCAAACGGGUGAUCGACUAUUUCGCCUGUCUGUUCCACCGACUGUGUGAUCCGAGCACGCAAUCGCAGCCCCUGGCGCAUAUCCUCAACGUCGACGACGCAGAUCAGCAGCAGAUCCUCCACUGGAACACGGACGUUCCCACCCGUCUGGAGAAAUGCAUCCACGAGAUGGUCCGUGAACAGGUGGAACGAUCGCCAACGGCCAUUGCCAUUCACGCAUGGGAUGGAGACCUGACGUACCGCGAAUUCUACGAGGCCGGCGCACGAGUGGCUCACCAGAUCGUCGCUUGCGGGGUAGGGCCUGAAAGCAUUGUGGGAGUCUGCAUGGAGAAAUCAAAAUGGGGGGCGGUGGCGAUGCUGGGAAUCAUGCAAGCGGGGGGGGCCAUCAUGCCCUUGGGCAUAUCGCACCCUUUGGCCCGCAUCGACACCAUCCUCGACGCCUCGCAGGCACGUCUCAUUGUCGUCAGCCCUGCACAGGCGGAACGACUGCAGGGGCUGACCAACCUCGCGCACACCCAGCUCCUCACCCUCGAUCAGGAUUGUUUCGAUACUUGGCCACAGUGUCAGCAGCCGCCAGAGACGGGAGUGACGCCGUCGAACGCCUCGUGGGCCAUCUUCACCUCAGGCAGCACGGGCGUGCCCAAGGGCGUGGUCAUCGAGCACGGAACCAUGUCGACGAGUCUGGACGAACAGGGACGCUGGUUGGGCCUGACGCCAGCGACGCGGUUCCUGCAGUUUGCUUCUUAUACCUUCGAUAAUGUCAUCACCGAUACCUUCGCUACGACGGCUUUCGGUGGAGUGGUCUGCAUUCCCUCCGAGGAGGCCCGCAUGAAUCAGCUCACGGAAGUGAUGGCUGACAUGGAGGUCAACACAGCGAUGCUGACCUCGACUGUUGCACAGCAAGUUGCGCCCAGCCGUGUACCCGCCCUGCAAACCCUGAUUCUGACCGGCGAGCCUGUCCGGGCUGAUGUCGUCAGUCUCUGGCUGGAUCACGCCGACAUCUACAACGCCUAUGGGCCCACAGAAGGGUCUAUGAGCACCUGUACUCGUCCCUACAUCAAUGCCCACGAGGUUAGCAACAUCGGCUUCCCCUUGGCGACCCGGUUAUGGGUCACCCAGCCCACGCAGACCCAUCUGCUGAGUCCGCUCGGUGCACCCGGCGAGCUCUGGAUCGAAGGGCCCUUCCUGGCCCGAGGCUACUUGGGCGACCCCGUCCGCACUGAGGCCUCAUUCAUCGUUGAUCCUGAGUUUACGCGCCGCUUGGGUCUCCACGGACGCCGACUCUACCGCACUGGCGAUCUUGUGCAACAGAAUGAAGACGGAACGCUGAUACACCUCGGGCGAAUGGACUCUCAGAUCAAAAUCCGAGGCCAGCGUGUCGAACUCGGCGAGAUCGAGCAUCAAAUCUUGCACCAUCUGCCUGAGGCGAGUACCGUGGCCGUGGAACCGCUCACCGACGAUGACACGCAGCGGAUCUUCCUGGUGGCCGUGGUGGAGCUCGCUUCGAACAGUGAAUACCGCCAUGACACGAUCACGCCAGAGGGAGUGCUGACACCAUUCCCGGCCCUCCGAGUGGCCUUCAGCAAGCUGUACGGCAUCCUGUCACAGACACUGCCUGUGUACAUGGUUCCGGCCGUAUUCGUGCCCAUUUUGGAAAUGAGUCGCAAUCUCUCGGGCAAACUGGACCGUAAGCUCCUCCGCACGAUGCUGGUGCGCAUGCAGGACGAUGAUAAUCUCCGGCAGUACCGCGUGGGCGACGGACCCAAGGUCGCCCCCUCGACCGAGAUGGAGCGCCAAUUACAGACCCUGUGGGCUGACGGGCUUCAUCUCCCCGUAGACGAGAUCGGGGCUCAUGACAACUUCUUCCAUCUUGGUGGAGACUCCCUGGCCGCGAUGCGCAUGGUGGCCACAUCGCGCUCUCGCCCGUACAAGCUGAGUGUGGCAGAUAUCUUCAAAUACCCCUGUCUAUCUGAGCUUGCUGACGUUGUGAGCGCGCGUUCAGAGGCACAUUCAGAGGAAGAGAAGAAAGAAGAAGAGAAAGAGGAGGAGAAGGACGAGAAUGAAGAGGAAGGGGUGGUCUCCCCUGUCUGCAACAUCGGCCGUGCGGACGAUGUCGUCGAUAUCCUGCCCACCACCGACUUCCAAGCCCUCACGGUGGCAGGCGUGCUCACGACCCCCGGUGCGGCCAACUGUGCGCAUUUCCUGCUAGACGGGCAGGGCCCCUGUGAUGUGGAGCGGCUGCGCAAGAGCUGCUUGGACCUCAUCCGCGCCCUGCCUAUCCUCCGCACAGCCUACAUCUUCGAUCAGAGCCGUCUGUUACAGGUCGUCAAGAGUGUCUAUGAGCCCGACAUCCCCAUUUUUCACACAGAGCGUACCCUUGAAUCGAAGACGGCUGAGAUCGUCAAUCACCAGCUGUUCCCAGCCCCCUGCUUGGGCGAGCCCUUCACGCAGAUGGCCAUCAUCGAGGAGGCGCACACCACGCGACACCGACUUCUCCUGCGCGUGACGCACGCUGAGUACGAUGCCGUGUCCAUCAAUGCGAUCUGGGAGACCCUCCGCUGUCUGUAUGAGGGCUCAAUCCCGCCCCGGUCUCCGUCCUUCGCGAGCUUCUACUACCACCAGCAGCAACGUAUCACCGCACAAACGUACGACUACUGGACGGACCUGUUGGCGGGCUCGUCUAUGCCCCAACUGGGCCGCUCCGUCUCGGCUAUCGGCCAAUAUCCCUCCACCGUGGCCCACCUGGCCCCACGGACGGUCCCCCUCGCCAGUCCGCUAUCCGCGGGCGUCACCAGCGCGGUCCUGGUGAAGGCAGCAUGGGCGGUCACUCUGGCUCGCGUGGCCCAGCGCCAGGACGUGGUAUUCGCCGACACCGUCUCCACGAGGGGAACUGUCGACGCCUCCCAGAUGAAUACAACGGGCUGCUGCGUUACGCUGCUUCCAGUCCGCGUGCAGCUGUCCUCUCCUGACCUCACAGCGCGCGAGCUGCUGCAAGCCGUGCGCGAGCAGCAAAUUCAGAGCUUCGAGCACGGGCACCUCGGCUUCCGAGAUAUCCUGCACGACUGCACCGAUUGGGCGACCUCGACGCGGUUUACGUCCGCGCUGAACCAC